AUCCGCGGUCACACUGAUCGUACCAGUUCCAAAACACCGUAUUAGCCCACAAUUUUUUUAUUUUCUUUUAAAGUUAACUUUUCCUUUAGAUAAUAGUUUGAUUUACGAAAAAUACCGCAACAACACAACAAUUUUCAACGCCUGCAUCGCUGCAUAAUUCGGCCAAAUCAAAUCGAAAAUGUUGAAGCUACGUAACAUUCUGAGUGUCGGCAAUAACAAUGGCCUGUCCGCUGUCCGAUGGAUUUCGACCACUGCAAACUGCAGGGAAUUGGAUUCAUGGUUCUCAAAGCUACUUGUACGAAAAAUCGAACCAACUAAGGAGGCGCACAGUCGCAUGCUGAGCGACAAGGAAAUCAUAUAUGCAUUGCAUACGCAUAACGUACGACCCGACUCGAUGAGCGCCUAUCUGAAUAACUACAAAACAACCGUGUCUUUGAUCAACGAAAAAAAGGCAAAUCUUUCGUGCAAUUUGGUGGCAUCAUGGAGCGUACAGGUGGGCGACAUGGAUCAGUGCUUGCAUUUAUGGAAAUACACGGGUGGCUUCGAGAAAAUCGAUCAGGCCAAAGAGGAUCUGUGGAACGAUCCAGAGUACCUGAGUCUAAUGCAGGAGCGUUCCAAAUUUCUGCGCUCACGCCACUUGCAAUACCUGUUGGCCUUUAGCUACUGGCCGCAGAUUGCCAGCCGUAGCGGCAAGAAUAUCUACGAAAUGCGCUCAUAUCGCCUGACGCCUGGCACCAUGAUUGAAUGGGGCAACAACUGGGCACGCGCCAUCAACUAUCGCAAGCACAACAAUGAAGCAUUUGCUGGAUUCUUCUCACAGAUUGGCAGACUUUACAAUGUGCAUCACAUCUGGUGCUAUAAAUCGCUGCAGGACCGCAAGGAGACCAGAGAGGCCGCUUGGCGUUCCCCUGGCUGGGACGAGUGUGUCGCCUACACUGUGCCAUUGAUACGAGAAAUGCAUUGCCGCGUACUCGCUCCCACUGAGUUCUCGCCCUCGCAAUAAAUAUAUGGGCUCUACAAAUCGAAACCGUAUCUUUCAACACAUCUAAUCUGAUCUGAUCCGAAAUGCUGUGAAACAUGCACUGAGAAUGUAAUGUUGCCGCUUCCGCUCGUUUUUAGUUGUUGUACAUAAUGCCAUCAUACAUAUACAUAUGUAUGUAUGUAUGUAUAUAUGCAUUAAGUUUAGUUUUCUCUAGUAUCAAAUAAGGUCAAAAAGUGUGCAUUUUACCCAAAAAAAAAAAAACAAAAAACAAAAAAACUAUCCCGUAUGUGUGCCUACCCCUGCCACAUGCGAAUCUUGAAUUUAACCAAAAAGUUGAAAAACAAAAAAAAAACAAAUUUCGUUUGUAAAACUUAAAAAACAAUAAAAGUGUUAUAAGCGUGUAUAUUGUGAAACAAGCAAAGCGCAAAA